GCUAAGACUGCUGAGUUAUUAGUUCUCCAGGGAUAUAAUAAAGGCCUGCUCCUCCCUCCUAGUAUAUUUUAUUAUACCUAUAAGAUAUCUCCUCUAACCUCCUCUAAUAUUUAUAAUUUAACCUCUAACUUUAAUUAUAAUACCUUUUAUAAUUAUAAACUAGAUAAGAAGUAUAGAGAUAAGUUAUACUACUACUUUAAUAAUAUUAAUUAUCUUACUAAGGAAUUCCUAUAUAUCUAUAUAUUAUAUAAGAAGGAGUAA